AUGGCGUCACGUUUUCUUGAUUUAGAACGGAAAACUUUAAUUGUCCAAUUUGUCUCUGUUGAACCAUUGAAAUUUCAUUCAACAGCCGAUGGCACUGAUCUUGUUCAAGACAUUCUUCGAUCGCAACUAUCGCGAUCGGACGAAGACAUCUUCGGUCAAGACGGCGCUUUGUCCAUUGAUGAACAAGGAGAAUUUCUCACAUUCGAACCGCACGAUCCAAAAAACCGAACAUUACAUUUACCAGUUGAACAUUUAGCGUAUUGUGGUGCAUUGAGACGGAUGUUAUACGAUAAAUCUGAUCAACGCAAUCCUGAUCAAAUUCAACGACGAGAGUUUGAAAAUGUCGAUUUAGCUAAUCGAUUUGCACAAUAUAUCACAGGUCCGCCGAUAUUUGUCGCUGUUUUCCAUGGAUUUGAUAAUUCACUAUGUUACACAUUUCUCACGCAAAGUUCCGAUGAUGCUUGUCUCUUAGUAAUGAAAUUGAUGCGUGCUUUUAAAUUACACGAACAACAACUGGAACAGCAAGGACAAGUCAAUCAAGGUUCUCCUUCAUUUCCUUUACUUCACGGUAGUGGUAGGUCGUCAUCGUCGAUUGACAUUCAACGAAACAGCCCUUUAGUUCAACCAACACAACCAUUACCAACUUCACAAACAAAUUCAUACAUUCAAGAUCCAGGACAUGACGAACUAGUUCAACGACUGUUAGCAAAUCCGAAUUUACAACUUAUCAGUCCACCAUUACAAUUUGGUUCUCUGCGACUUAAUGAUAUAUCAAUGAAUACAUCAAUGAAUCAACGCUCAUCUCCUAUUACAGUUAAUAAAAGUGCCAGUUAUCAUAAUGAUAUUCCAUUGGCGGAUCGGUCUUCACCACAGUUUAUGCGCCCGCCUUCUCCACCUAUUUUUGGACUCUCCGGAACAAAUAGUGCUCAUGACUUAUCAAUGAGUGGAAAUAAUCCACAAGUAAUUUAUAAGCCCAAUAAUCAAGAAGUUGUUUAUAAACAAAAUAUCAUGGUGCGCUGGUUGCAACCUCCAACUCCACCGCCUCCGGCACCAAUUAUUAUUCGAGAAAUUCAAGCACCAGUUGAACCUGAUCCUCCUAUCGUCUGUCGACAACUACCUCGGUGUCCACCGACACCACCUCCCAUCAUCGUUCGAGAAAAACCACCGCCAUGUCCACCCUGUGGCCAACCAUUAAUUAUAGAAAAACGCAUUCCAUCCGUCACACUUCCUCGACAAGUCAUUGUUGAACGCUAUCCUGCGCCACCUGCAAGACCCCCUACUAUAAUAUAUGAAAAAUAUCUUCCAUCUGCUCCACCGGGACCACGUCAAGUCAUCGUCAGACGUGAGAUAUGUCAACCUGGCGCAUAUCCAGUCAUUCGACAACAAGUUCCAGGACGUCAUCUUGUUCGAGAAAUCGUUCGACAAAUUCCUCAACCAGCACCCAUUGCUCAGCCAGCGUUAGUCUGUGUUCCACAACAACAGCAGCAAAUUAUCAACCAGCCGCAAGCUAUGCAACAAUUAGUGCCGGUUUUCGCAACGCGACAACAUGUCGUUCAGCCAAAAGGUGUUCGUGUUAUUCGACAAGUUAUUGGCCCAGCACAAGGUUCAAUCCAACAGCCUCAGCAAGUCUUCUCUCCCAAUGGUCCAACUCUGAUCCAAGCAGUGCCGAACGGCUUAAUCCAAUAA